AUGGCGGCUGUGCUACACCAAUAUGACUACAUCUUCGCCAUCACCACCAUCUUCUCCUUCCUCGAUGCCUGGAACAUUGACUACGCCCCAGGCGCCAACGAUGUCGCAAACUCUUUCGCGACGUCCGUCUCCUCCCGCUCCCUCACAAUGAAGCAGGCCAUGGCCAUUGCCGCCAUAGCCGAGUUCUCCGGCUCCGUCUCAGUCGGCUCCCGCGUCACCGACACCCUGCGCAACAAAAUCAUCGACCCGCACCUUUACGACGCGCAGCCGAGCGUCCUGCUGCUGGUCAUGAUGUGCGCCAUCUUUGGCUCCUCCGUGUUCCUCAGCAUCGCCACCCGCAACGGCCUGCCCGUCAGCACGACACACUCCAUCAUCGGCGGGCUGGUCGGCGCCGCGACGGCCUCGGUGGGGAUCCGGAAGGUGAGCUGGGGCUGGGACGGCGUGUCGCAGGUCUUUGCAGCGUGGGUCGUCGCGCCGGGGUUGUCUGGCGUCCUGGGGGCGGUGUUGUUCCUGGGGACCAAAAAAUUCGUGCUGACCAAGACGAACGCGGUGAGGAAUGCGUUUUAUACCAUUCCGUUUUACACCUUUCUCACCUUUGGCGCUUUGACGAUGCUCGUGGCGUGGAAAGGUGUUCAGCUCCAAGUCGAACCCACCACCACGCAAGUCCUCAUCGCCGUCUUCUCCGUCGCCAUGGGCGCCACGUUACUCCAGGCCUUUUUCCUCCUGCCGUACCUCUGGAGGAAGAUCGUCAACGAGGACUGGCAGCUGGAGUGGACUAUGAUGUGGAGGGGCCCCUGGCUGCUCAACCGGCCGCCGCCGCCUCCGCCCCCAGAGGGGGUCCAAAGGGUGAACAUCAAGGACUACUACCGCGGCCACCUGACCGCCGACGAGCUCGCCUACGUUCGCGCUUCUGAGGUCCUCCUCGAAUCGAUCCAGAGCAGCCACACGCCCUCGGACCUCUUCAAAGACGACACCCCCAUCGUCGCACCGCCGGCCCUGUCUUUCCCGGAAACUCCGGUGACGUCGACAAUCUGCGACUCCCGCCGCACCUCCGAGGACCUCAUCCCACCCCGCCCCGCGGGACCCUGGACCAGCCUUCCCGUCCUAGGCUGGCGCAUCAACCGCGUCCUGCUCCGCGGCCUCGAGCAGGAUGUCAUUACCCUCCAGAGGCGCAACGCCGUGCUGUCCUGGGACAUUGCCGACAUGCACGCCCGCGCGCCGCACUACGACAACCGCGCCGAGUACAUGUACAGCUCGCUGCAGAUCCUCACGGCGUCGGCGGCGAGCUUCAUCCACGGCGCAAACGACGUGUCCAACAGCAUCGGCCCGUUCGCGACCGCCUACGACAUCUGGCGCACGGGCAAGGUUGAGACGUACGUCGGCGUGCCCAUCUGGAUCCUGUGCUUCGGCGGCGGGGCCAUCGUGUUGGGACUACUGACGUACGGAUACCACGUCAUGCGGAACCUGGGGAACAGGCUGACGCUAAUCAGCCCGUCGCGGGGAUUCUGUAUGGAGCUCGCGAGCGCAAUCACAGUCAUGAUGGCCACCAAGCUGGCGCUACCGGUGUCGACGACGCAGUGCAUCGCUGGUGCGACGGUGGGUGUUGGGCUGGCGAACGGAGACUGGAGGUGCAUCAACCCGAGGCUUGUGGCGUGGAUUUAUUUCGGGUGGUUCAUCACCGUCCCGGUGACGGGACUGCUGUCCGGGUCUCUAAUGGCUCUCAUACUCAAUGCUCCCCAUUGGGAGAACAACGGCGCAUGA